CGGUUGAUGGAGGAGGACACAUGCUUCGAUCUCUCGAUCUUCACCGUUCAUUGUCAAAUGGGCCGUAGAAAUGGGCUGGGCCUAAUAAUAUUCCUCAUGGGCCCGUGCGCGGGCAACGCAUUGCUUUCGCGCCCGUCCCUUUGAUCAGAGAUCGAACUGAAGGAACUGGAAUUCCAUUUGCAAACACUCGAGCUCUUCUUCUUGUUCUCUCAUGGCGUCCUCGCUCUCCUCCUACCGGGAUCGCACCACGGAGUUCAGAUCCUUCUCGGAGACGUUGAAGAAGGCGCAUGGGCUCGCCGCCGAUCCGCUGCCGGUGAAGGAUGCAACUCUGUCCUUGGAGACGGAUCCCAUCGCAUCACGAUCCGAAUUCAACCGCAAGGCGUCGAGAAUCGGGCUGGGGAUCCAUGAAACUUCCCAGAAGAUCGCCAAACUGUCCAAAUUUGCCAAAAGGUCAUCCAUGUUUGAUGACCCAACCGUGGAAAUACAAGAACUUUCAGCCAUAAUAAAGAAUGACAUCACUGCACUCAAUAUUUCGAUAUCAGAUUUGCAAGUCCUCCAGAGCACAGAAUUAGCUGAUAUGAAUAGCUCAAAGGACAGAGUGGUCCAUGCCACAACUAUAUGUGAUGACUUGAAGAGCAGACUAAUGGGAGCUACAAAGCAGUUUAAGGAUGUCUUAACGGCAAGGACAGAGAACCUCAAAGCUCAUGAAAACAGGAAGCAAAUUUUCUCUACAAAUGCAUCAAGAGAGAACCCACUCAUGCAUCAACCCAAAACUGUCAGUGAGCCACCUCCUUGGUCAAAUGCGGCAACUCCCCUGCCAUCCUCAGUCGCACCCGUGAAUGGUCUUCAGCAAGGAAACCAGCUGAGGCGACGAUUAGCUGCAGAAAGCACAUCAUUGCAUCACCCUGAAAUGUCCAUGAUGCAGCAAGUGGUUCCUCGUCAGGAGAACUAUACACAAAGUCGUGCAGUUGCUCUUCAAAAUGUAGAAUCAACAAUAUCUGAACUAGGCGGCAUAUUUACCCAGUUGGCGACAAUGGUUGCUCAACAGGGCGAGUUGGCUAUCAGGAUUGAUGAUAACAUGGAUGAUUCAUUGACUAAUGUAGAGGGUGCCCGCAGUGCUUUGCUAAAGCAUCUGACUCAGAUAUCAUCAAACAGGUGGCUUUUAAUUAAAAUAUUUGCUAUUCUGAUACUCUUCCUCUUGGUUUUUGUCUUUUUUGUGCUGUGAUAUAUAGGCAUAAUUUUUUUUCUUUGCUAUUACUCAUGUACAGAGUAACAGAAAAUUUUUAUUUUCUGUUACUUGAUUCUGCCCGUAUUUUUUUUUGCUGUUUGACCCAUUCAUUUUGUAUUUUUAACUUUUGUCUUCCUUCCAUAUUUUGAGUUACUCUGUACUUGCAUUUGGAGCUUCACUACUUUUGAAUCUACACCGGUCAAAAGAAAUUCUUGAAGCUGGUACACGAUUGGGUUUCUGUAUAUAAGUAUGGGCACUGGGUGGAGAAUAUCAUUGUAUUUGAUUCCCCUGAAAACUUUGUACUAGUUCACAGUUCAUGUUGAGCUUUUUUUGUCAUCUUUUUAAUUCUCUGAUGCUUAACUUUGGCUAGAAAAUGGAACAAGUUUUUUCAUUGAGAAAGGA